UUUAGAAGGCAUGUGAGGCGCCAAUUCAAACUCACUCAUCUUCUUCUUCUUCUAUCGAUCUCAAUUUUCAAUUUUCAAUUCUCAAUUCUCAAUUCUCAAUUCUCAAUUCUCAAUCCAAUCCAACCCGAAUGGAAAUGGAUCCGAUUACCUCUUACUCCGACACCCACCACACUCUCCUCCUCAUCGAUCUCGACCCACUCCUCCACCACCACCACCGUGACCAUUACACCAAAUCCAUCCUCUCCGCCGCCAAAACCCUACUCUCCUUCCCUUCAACUUCUUCCGCUCUCUUCGCCUUCAAAUUCUUCUUCUCCUCCGCCUCCCCCUACAAACUCGACCCUUUCCUCCCCGAUUCCAACCCCGCCCUCACCUUCAACCUCCCUUCUCCCACCCUCCACCUCCUCUCCCAAACCCUCUCCUCCCUCCCCCACUUCCCUCCUCUCCCCACCAACCACCUCCCCUCAGCCUCCCACCUCUCCGCCUCCAUCAACUACUUCAUCGGCCAUUACACCUGGGACCGCCAAAACAACGCCGCUCCCCUCGUUCCCCCCAAUCUGCUCCUCGUCCUCUCCCCCCUCCCCGAACCCAAAUCUCUCUCCGCCUUCUUCCAAAACCACCAGUCGUCGUCGUUCCCAGAUGCCACGUCCUUCUGCCAGAGCUUCUCUCGCUCUUUCGGCACCGUCACCCGCGCGUCUGCCUCCUUCGGUAUCCAUUGUAGUUGGAUUGCUGUCAACAAUCACAAUCACAAUAGUGAUGAGGUUGCCAAGAUUCGACGGUUGUUUCAGACUGGGGCUGCGAAAUUAGGUUGGGGAUUUUGCUCUAUUGAUUCAAUUUUGCUUGGUUCUGCUCUUGUUCCUUUUGGCUUGAUUUAUCCCAAAAUUGGGAUUCCAUGGUUUUGUAUUCGUUCUUGUUCUUCUUCUAGCAAAGCUCAGGUGCAAUUGAGUCUUCGGAUCAAAGAUGUAAAUGGGAACCCCAUUGAGUAUAACUGUUGUGAUCUCGAAUUGGUGGAUUUCAAAGUAGUUUCAGCUAGAGACGAGAGGGUUCAGUUGAGUCCCAAUUUGCAGGCUGGAGGUGGUUGCCAAUGGAGGGGGAGAUUGUGGAGUCUGUGUUCUGAUGGGGCUGCGAAAUUGCAGGUUAAGGUUGUGCAGAGGUGUGAUGCUUUUGUUAACUUAAGGGGCUGCCUUUAUGAUUCGGUUCUGGUGCGCGAGGUUUUCAGGGAAUCUAAGAAAGAGAGUAAGGGGAGUUCGGAUGAGUUUUUCGCUGAUAGGGUUCUUGAAAUGGUAGCGGCUGAAUUUGGUUGCCGGAGGCAGCGAAAAUCGGUGCCCAUUUGGGAAAUUCUGUUGAGUUUUCUAUACAAACAAGGUUUCUGGGCAUUGGUGACUGUUACCAAUGACAAGGGGGGUUCCUGUGUUGGUGUUCUUAGGCCUUUUACUGUUUCUUCUGCUCUAUUAUCUGUGUUAGGGGAUCCACACGUGGCUUGUGAUUUUGGCGAAGCAAACUUGGGUCAAUAUGUUAGGAAGGGGGAGGCUGAGAUUUACGAAUCUGAUCGCAAGUUGAACAAGAGCAAGGAUUUGUUGGACUCUCAAGAUAAGAAGAGUGAUGCGGGAAUUACGGGUCUGCAAGAAAAGAAAAUGAUGGAUUUGAGUGCACUUCGUAACCUCACAUGGAGCUCCUACUGUGAUUUGGUGUAUGACCGAUUUGAGACAGAUCUGCAUGAGGUUUACUAUGCUGUGGAAUGUAGCAAGUCGAAAAGGUUGAAGUUUUUGAAAUGCUGGAUGAAACAGGUGAAGAAAUCUGGCAGUUCAGAUCUCACUUUGUCAGAAAAACCGAAGCCAACUCAGAUGAUUGCAGAAGAGAGUCAAGACACUAAUAGCACAUUGCCUGAGUUGACUCAAAAUGGUGACCAGCCAAUCUCCCUGUCUGCCUCAGCUGGAAUUAACACUGAGGUUUCUCGAAUACAGGAUGAUGCUGCGCUCGAUUUUAGGUCCGAAACCUCUGAAGAAUAUUUCAGUAGUCUUUCCAACAAGAUCCAUCAAGGAAUUGAAUCUGAAGUUAUAGACCUUGGAGCUUUGGCAGCGCGACUUGUGAAUUCAUCUAUUUACUGGCUAAGUCAGAAGGUUGAUAAGGAAACCAUGGAUCAGAGUCAUUCUCCUCUAAAAGAUGAUAAUGCUAGUGGUAGCAAGGUUGCAUCUGAACUGAUAAAACUUCUAUUAAGGGAGCCUAAGGAGAUAGCUGCAGAGCAUAAAAGCAGAAGUUCAUUUACUCAGGCAUCUGAUUCGGGACCUACUACAACAAUUACAGAUCAUUUAGGCAGAGAAUAUGAAUUGCAGAUUUUAUUUCGGAUGGAAAUUUUACAAUCAGAGGUUGGAAAUGGAGUUGAAGAUUCCAGCAAACAGAAGUUUGUUAAACAAAUAUGCCUGCUUCUAGAGAAAAUUCAGUGCCACAUGGAAGCGGGAUUUGUCGGUGAUUGGACCCUUGAAAAUUAUGUAGCAACAAUCAUUAAAAACAGGUAUUCUCACACUCUUGAAGAUGUCGUUCAUAAAAUCUACAACAAAAUGGACCUGCUGCCACUGGCAGAUGAGGACGAUGGCCUAAUUAAUUUAUUUAACAGUGAGGACAGCAACAAGUCCUCGAAUUUAAAGGUAUACAGAGACGAGAUGGGUGAAAAUGAUAUCAGGAAUGAACCUGUUUCAGCAGAAAAUGAACUCUUUCAGUUGCAGAAGGACUGGGGAAUCCAAGGGAUGGUAGAGAAGGAUCGUGAUAAAAAACUCAUUGAAGAUAAGGAAAGGAGAGAGAGGGCAUGCAGAUCUCGAUUGCAAAGUCUUUGGGCCCCAAAACAGAAUGGUGUGAAACUCAAGACAGAUCACCUCCAAAAGCUGCCAAAAAGGAAGGAGCGACCAAGGGCAAGCUAUGACACAGUAUGUGAGACGCCAAUGACAAGAAACAAGCGAUCAAGCCAAUGUACGAGGGACUGGGAAUAUGACAGUCGCCUGGCUGAUGGGAGUCCUUCAUGUGGCUCAGUUUCUAAGGCAUUGUUUCAGGAUGAUCUUUGAUGUGAUUAAACCAUACCUGACAUUCACAGACAGAAAUUGUAAAUGCUAACUUGCAUAGGGAAAUAACUCAAGAUGGGGGUGCUUCAGUGUUCAACCACAAAUGGUGGAAUGCUAAUGUCUGCACUUCGACCAGGUGUAACCUAACGAGAAAGGGGGAGGAAAGGGAAAAAGGAGGCCCAUCAGAAGUGGUGAAGAUUGGCCCAAUCAACAAAGUGAUACAACAAUUGGACACUAGAUGUUGGAGACAAAAGACCUAGUUGUAAAGGAAGAAAAUGGGUCAACCUUCACUCACGGUAUGUGCUACUCUAUUUGAGGUCCAAAUAUUGUUUUUGGACAAGCCCAAAUGUCACUGUGUACAAGAAAUGUAGGAUUUUUUAAUUUAUAGUUAUUAGUAAGGUUUUUUUUUUGAAACUUAGUUAUGAGUAAGGUUUUUGUUUUUGUUUUUUUUUUGGUAAGCAUGAGUAAGGUUAAUGUAAUCAUUUAAUUAAUUUUUUGCGAUAAUUUUACCUAGUACUUAUUUAUAGUUCAAAUGAAGUUGUACAUUUUUGGUA